AUGCCUUCAAAUCCAAGCAUAACAGCCCUUCCUCAGUCAUUCAUCUCCAAGAAGAAGAAAAUCUUAGAGCAACUGGCUGUUCCGUCCGAUGAAUAUGGUGAUCUCUCUCCCAAGGGAUCUAUCGACGAAGGUAUUCGAGAUUUGAUUGAUGAGAUCAACCGAAUUGAUGGCUGCGUGACCACCAGCAGUUGUGCUGGAAGGGUCAGUGUAUUUUUAGAGGGUAGCCGGACUGUUUCAAAUACAGAGCAGGAUGGACUUUUGGAUGCUAGCAGAAUAGAAGCCUCCUCGAAAUCAGCUGGUGUUGGUGGGAAAGGCGGCGGCGGAAGAUGGCUUUUCGUCUCACACGACCCCGUUGAUAUCCAGAGUCUUACGCCCCAGUGGUCAGAAAUGCUUGGGAUGCAUCGAGAGCAAACCGGGGCUGUUGAUUCACUAUUACAAGGCAACUCCCAUGAUGCUAGGUUUAUACACUUCAAGUUCGAGCCCAUGAUUCUUCAUGUCUUAACGGCCUCCCUCGAACAAGCCCAGCAUGUGCUAGCUGCUGCAUUGCAAGCAGGCUUCAGAGAGAGCGGCGCUCUUAAUUUGACAUCCUCUACAGAGUCCCCUACGCCGAUGGUUGGCAUCCGUUCAAUGGGCCUUGCCUUGGAAUCUUUGAUCGGAUUUGAAUCCGGUGGUCAGGGGAUCUGUAUCGUACCUGAGUGGCAACUUAAAGCCCUUCUUGAGAUUUCCAACGACCGCUUUGUAGAGAACACAAAGAGAACGGAGAGAUUUCGGUCAUUACUGAAAGAAACUGGGAGUGUCAAGCAAGAGACGAGGAGAAAGGGCAAGGAUGGUGACGAAUGGGAAGACCCUCAGGCGAGGAGAGAAAGGAAACGCGCAGAGGGACUGAAGAUAAGUGAAGCGGCAAAGCAGACCGGGAGUCUCGAUACUACCUCUCAGACGCCUAAGCAUGUGUUGAAUAGGAAUGACCGCCCACAAUAA